UCAACAGCCAAAGUAAGAGGUCUGCUGGUCACAACUAGUGGUUCUCAGAGCAGAGGGGCAAGGAGAGAGGCAGCGGGCGGUGGCAGUGGCAGUGGCAGCCCGGAUGUCGCGGGGCCCUGCGUGCGGUCGGAUGAGGCUGUGAGACAGCGGCGGAGCGGGAGGAUGGAAAGCGCGGCAGCGGAGGACGCCCCCGGCAGGGCAGGCACAAGGCGGGCCGGGCGCGGCGCGGCCGAGGAGGAGAGCAAGAACAAGCCUAAGCUGAACAUUCAGAUAAAAACUCUGGCAGAUGAUGUGCGUGACAGGCUAACAAGUCUUAGAAAGUCAGCUGUGAAAAAAGAGAAACCUCUAAUUCAGCAUCCUAUUGAUUCUCAAGCUUCUGUAAGUGAACUUCCAGUUGCUCAGCCACUUAUUGAUGAACGUUCUAUGAAUUUAUCCGAAAAAGAAGUUAUGGACCUCUUUGAAAAAAUGAUGGAAGACAUGAAUCUAAAUGAAGAACGGAAAGCUCCUUUACGGAAUAAGGACCUGACCACAAAGCGUGAGAUGGUUGUCCAGUACAUUUCUGCAACUGCCAAAUCUAUAACUGGAAGUAAAGUUCUGGGAGGACUGAAAAAUAGCAAGCAUGAAUGCACACUGUCUUCCCAGGAAUAUGUUCAUGAAUUACGAUCUGGUAUCACAGAAGAAAAACUUCUCAACUGCUUGGAGUCUUUGAGAGUGUCUCUGACCAGCAAUCCAGUCAGCUGGGUUAACAAUUUUGGACAUGAAGGUCUUGGACUUCUGUUGGAUGUACUGGAAAGACUCUUGGACAAGAAACAGCAAGAAACUAUCGACAAGAAGAAUCAGAAUAAACUUAUCCAGUGCCUCAAAGCAUUUAUGAACAACAAAUAUGGAUUGCAAAGGAUUCUAGGAGAUGAUAGAAGCCUUUUGUUACUAGCAAGAGCAAUUGAUCCAAAGCAGCCAAACAUGAUGACAGAAACAGUAAAGAUACUUUCUGCUAUUUGUAUUGUUGGAGAAGAAAAUGUUCUUGAUAAGCUUUUAGAAGCUAUAACUACUGCGGCUGAGAGAAAUAAUCGAGAACGCUUUUCUCCAAUUGUGGAAGGGCUGGAGAACCACGAAGCUUUGCAAUUACAGGUGGCUUGCAUGCAGUUCAUAAAUGCCCUUGUCACCUCCCCUGAAGAUCUUGAUUUUAGGAUACACUUGAGAAACGAAUUUCUUCGUUGUGGAUUGAAAAAAAUAUUGCCUGGUUUAAAAAAGAAGGAAAAUGAAGAGCUGGAUAUUCAGUUAAAAGUGUUUGAUGAAAACAAAGAGGAAGACUUAAUUGAACUGUCACACCGUCUCAAUGACAUCAGAACUGAAAUGGAUGAUAUGAAUGAAGUAUACCAUCUCUUAUACAACAUGUUGAAGGACACCAGUUCUGAAAACUAUUUCCUGUCAAUUCUGCAACACCUUUUACUCAUCCGGAAUGAUUAUUAUAUCCGACCUCAGUACUACAAAAUAAUUGAAGAAUGCAUUUCACAAAUCGUACUGCACUGCAGUGGUAUGGACCCAGAUUUUAUAUGUAGAGGAAGAUUGGAUGUAGAUUUUACUCACCUUAUUGAUGUGUGUGUAGAUAAAGCAAAAGUGGAAGAAAGUGAACAGAAGGCAGCAGAAUUUUCUAAAAAGUUUGAUGAAGAAUUCAGUGCUCGACAAGAGGCACAGACUGAGCUUCAGAAACGAGAGGAGAAAAUAAAAGAACUGGAGAUAGAAAUCCAGCAGCUACGAACUCAGGGUCCUGGACUUCAUUCUAGUCAGUCAGCAGUUGGGGUUCCUCCACCAUCCCUUCCAGCAGGAAUCCCACCCCCCCCUCCUCCCCCCCCCCCACCACCAUUACCUGGUGCAAUCUCACCUCCACCUCCAUUGCCUGGAGGGGGUGUACCUCCACCCCCACCCCCACCUCUGUUAGGUGGACCACCACCACCACCACUUCUCGGAGGCAUACCUCCUCCUCCAGGAUUUCCAGUAUCGCUUCCUUAUGGAAUGAAGGAAAAGAAGAAGUAUAAGCCUGAAGUAACUAUGAAGAGAAUCAACUGGUCAAAGGUUGAGCCGCAAGAAAUAUCAGAACACAGCUUUUGGGUAAAAGCCAAUGAGAAUAAAUAUGAAAAUCCAGAUCUUCUGUCAAAACUGAGGCUUACUUUUGGUACACAGAUGAAAGCUAGGAGGGCAGUAGAAGACAUGGAGGAAAAGAAAAUCGUUAUGCCAAAGAAAAGAGGUAAAGAACUGAGAAUCUUGGAUGGAAAAACAGCACAGAAUCUGUCAAUUUUUCUAGGAUCUUUCCGUAUGCCUUAUGAAGAAAUAAAAAAUAUUAUUUUGGAGGUAGAUGAAAUGAAGCUGAGUGAAUCCUUGAUACAGAAUCUGGUGAAGAAUCUUCCUGAACAGAAGGAACUCAGUGCCUUAGCCCAGUUAAAGGAUGAAUAUGCUGAUCUUUGUGAGCCAGAACAGUUUGGAGUUGUGAUGAGUUCAGUGAAAAUGUUACGACCUCGGCUCAAUGGCAUCCUUUUCAAGCUUAUGUUUGAGGAGCAUGUGAACAACAUCAAACCUGGCAUCAUGGCAGUAACGCUAGCCUGUGAAGAGCUGAAGAAGAGUGAGAGCUUUAGUAGGCUGUUAGAAUUAGUUUUGUUGAUUGGAAACUACAUGAAUUCAGGCUCAAGAAAUGCCAAAUCAUUGGGCUUUAACGUGAGCUUUCUUUGUAAGAUUAGAGAUACCAAAUCAUCAGAUCAAAAAACAACACUGUUGCAUUUUCUGGCAGAAAUAUGUGAAGAGAAUUAUCGGGAUAUCUUAAAAUUCCCAGAUGAAUUGGAACAUGUUGAGAGUGCAAGCAAAGUUUCAGCUCAGUGUCUCAAGAGCAGCCUUGAUACGAUGGAACAUCAGAUCCAGCGUCUAGAAAGUGACAUUGAGAAGUUCCCUAAAACAGAAGAUACACACGAUAAGUUUGUGGAAAAGAUGAGCAGCUUUUCAAAGAAUGCCAGAGACCAUUAUGAAAAAUUGUCCAACAUGCACAACAACAUGAUUAAGUUAUAUGAGAAUUUGGGAGAGUAUUUUUCCUUUGAUCCCAAAGCAACAGGCAUAGAAGAAUUUUUUGGAGAUCUCAGCAGCUUCCGAACACUGUUCUUGGAGGCACUGAAAGAAAACAACAAAAAAAAAGAAAUGGAGGAGAAGAUCAAGAGAGCCAAGCUGGCAAAAGAGAAAGUUGAACGAGAGAAGCUAGAGCGGCAGCAGAAGAAGAAGCAGCUGAUGGAUAUGAACAAAGAGGGCGAUGAGACGGGAGUGAUGGAUAAUCUGCUCGAAGCCCUGCAGUCAGGAGCAGCUUUCAGGGAUCGUAGGAAACGAACACCAAGAUGUCAGGAUAACAGACGAGUAACUUUGGAACGGUCACGUUCUCGCCACAAUGGAACCAUCACAGCUGUGUGAUUCCUCUGAUGCCAAAGAAAUGGAGAAAUGUUUUAUUUACAUUAAAAUACAGACAUUUUCAAAAGAGUUAACAUGAAAAACAUCAAUGAUCAGAAAUGAAAUUUAAAUGAAGUCCAAUGGAGGAUAAACUAGGAAAUGAAUAAAUAUGCAUUUUCAAAACUAUUGUAAAAAAUCGACCUACUGCAUUUAAGUACCACAAUAAUCAAGAUUUGUAAGCAACGUUAAACCAUAGGUUCUAUAUUAUAUUAUCUGAUGUUACUUGUUAUGCUUGCAACUCUUUGAAGGGAACUGGGACUUCUAGGAAAUGUUCUAUAUAGAGUUAGAUGAGAACAUAUAAACUUGCUGAAAAAAUAUAGCAGUGAACAAGAUCAGGUCAUGGAAGGGAGGUAUGAUUCCAUUUGCAGUUCUGAUUUGGACAUGAAAGGAAAAAAAUGAACAAAUUUGCAUAUUAAUGAAUUCAGAUAUGAGCUGAUAUUGCACACAUCAUAAAAGACCUUUUUUGUAAGAGUGUGAAAACACUGUAUAGCCCCAAUCAAGUUUCUUAGAAUCUUAUCUCAAGUUAAAGCCUGAUGAAUUCAGCUAUUUUGGUUACAGCAGAACUUAUCAAAAAUCUACAGUUUCAGUGGUUUGAUGAAAUGUAGCUACUUAUCACUGCUAAAAUAUAAAGCAUAGGAUUGUACCAAAGUUAAAGCAUAUCAAUUGCAGAAUAUGUUUUUAAAUAUAUUUAAAGAGGUAUUUUCUAAUUAUGCACGUAUAUAUACUUUAUACAGGUAUUUUUGAGGAAAAGACUUAAUUAUCCUAUUUUAAUUAAUCUAAAAAUGCCUGUGCUUUGGUUUAGCUUUUUAGAGACAAGCUACAUUAUGAAGUUCUUCUGAACUGCCUUUUUCUAAGUUUUUCCUCUGUUUCUCAGGUAAAACACAGUAGGAUCUUUACCAUUGUAUCUUAGUGCUGGAGACCAAGCAGAUAAAAAUAUUUUUCGCCCUUUGGCACUAUGCAGCAGGGAACACAAUGAUUAUAGACAUCCUGAACUUCAAGAGACGCUCCUCUCAUUCUUUUCUAUAUACAAGCCCUUGUACUGCAUGACCAGAGUCGAGCAGUCAGCUUAACAGCUGACUCUGUUCUUCCAGUUAAUGGGAAAAUUUAAGACAAUUCCCUCUCUCUUAUCCUGAAUCUGAAUCUUUUUGGAGGUUCACUUCAUAACCUUCAGCUGUAUUUUGGAUUCAAGGUGUAUUGUUUAUAGGAUGGAGAGGCAUGAUCAUAAGCAGGAGUCCCAGGCCAGGUACAGAUAUUACACAUAAAUUGGUCUAAGUUAUCAGGAAUCGAUCUAAACCUGUUACCAUAAAGAAGUUUGACAUACAGAGACUGGUCUAAAAAUGGUGAAACCCCAUUUAAGAUAGACCUGGUUACAUGUGCACUCAAAUCUAAUUGAUUUGGGUUAGACCACUGAAUCAAACUUCUGUACCAGAUCCCCAACUGAUUUAAGUUAGAUCGCUGCCCUCCAGCAUCCCAGGCUCCAUUGCAGCCCCCACACCCAGUCUCAUAGGCAGGCAUGCUAGCUUUCAGCCCAUUCUUGGCUGAAGUGCCCAGCAGGCCCUGUCUCUAAGCUCUCUCACAGCCGAACCAGCACAGACCCUCCAGCCAUCUGUCAACCACAGACAGGCAAGGUGGGGCAGGUAAGGGAGGCUUUGUGUCCCCUGAUGAGCCCCAGGACCUGGGUAACUGUGUCCUUGGGCCAUGGCCCUAUCAUGAAGCACCCCGUGAUGUACAUACAAACCUGACACUGAGCCUAGGAGAGUCCCUGCACUCAGGCACAGCCCCAUGGAGCCUGACCCUGGCUGUACACCCAGCCAAGGAACCCCAUGCCCCUGUGCUCAGGCACAGCCCCACAAAGCCCAAACCUGGCUCCUGCGCACCACAUCUCAGUGGUCAGAGCCGGGCACCCUGCCAUGGAUCCCCAAUUCAUCAGGAGCCGGUGCGGGCAGAUCACCUUUGUUGGGGUGGCAAGGGACAGAACAUUGCCACUGCUUGCAGGUACCCAGGCUAUGGGCACCUAAGGUGCAGUAAGGCUUUUUGGUCUACAGCUACAGGGCCCCAGAGUACUAGGGCAGUGGGGAGGUGGGAUGGGGGUUGGGGGUUGUGUUCACCCUGGCAGUCAGUCAGGAGUGGCUUGGGCACUCAGCUGCCCUCAGCAGUCUCCAGCAUCUUGGAGACCCCACGGGUGGUGUGCAGGAGUGCCCCCAACCUGCCAACCUCAGCCAAUGCAGGUAGCCUGCAUGCCCCCCCACCAAAGGGCAAGCAUGUGUUCUGUUCACUGCCAAUCUAACCUAAGCCACUUAGAGAAACCCAUGUGGGUUAGAUCGAUUCCUCCUCAGGCAUUUUGAAUGUCUGUUCCUGGCCCCAGUAAACUACCCAUUCAUUGCUCAGCUACAUUUUUAGAAACCUGGUAAUGAUAUAAGAAAGUAGAAGCUCACUCUAAAAAUUAUAUAUUUUGCCACAGAUUGCAUUGUAUUACUUGGAAAUAAUUGUUUUUGGAGAAUACUGGCCAGAUAUUUAUCUACUCUCAGCAGUAUAUGGAAAGCUGGAUGACAUUCUAUUUUCCGUUUGUCAGCUCUUGGGUCACAAAGAAGAUCAGUCUUACUUGGAGGCAGUAUAACUUUGCACUACUGCUUUGGCCAAAACUCUUUGUACAGUAAUCCUUCUCUUCUCUUCUCUUCUCUUCUCUUCUCUUAUUUGCUAGGUAAGAGCCUUCAGAGAUUAUCUGACUGAUUUUGGCUAAAUUCCUACAGUUUUGAAUUCAUUACAAGACAAGACACAGAGCAUGUUCACUCUCUCAAUCAGCAGUACUUUUGUCCAUUAUUACAUUUCUUAAUAUAAGAAUGUAUCUCAAAUUUAGAGAAAUGUAUGCUGUUAAGUAAUACUACUGUAUCUGCUUUUUUUCUAAAGGCACACUAAAGUAUUGUGUGUACUUCAGAAAAAAUAUAAAACAGAAUUAUAUUUCCCACUGUUUUAUUUAGAGGCACCAAGGAUUAUAUUCUUUUGUGUAAAUUGAUCAUUGAAUUUGUACUGAGAAGUCUAACUUUUUUAAUUUGAAGUAUGAAAUUUACAGUUGUACAAAUGUUACAUGUAUAAAACCCAAAUGUAAAAAAAAAAAAAAAAAAGUGUAUAAUAUCUGUAUAUUCUGAUCUGUGAAACAAUGUCUUGAAAUUCAAAUAUAAGGUAAGUAAUUUGCUAGUAUUUAAAAAGCAAAAGACUUUCAAAGUACUCAUUAUAAUACAUGUCAAUUGAAUAUAACAAUCCACCAUAGAUCCUUUGUAUGAUAGCUCUUAUUAUUGCAACUACAGUGUUUUUCAUUUCCUAGUAUUGUAUUUUUGAAUGGCUCUGAAGUUGUUGGUUAUAGUUUGUUAAACAUCAUAUACUAGCAAAAAGUAAAUCCAAAAGAGUAACAUUUUCUGAUAUUUCCAUUUUACUAUGCAGUCCUUAAUUCACAUAUGAAGCAUUUAUAUAAUUUAUUGGUCAUAUCUGCUAGAAAGAAAAGCUCCUUUCAAAUAAAAAAUUAGUUUAGAAUAUAAUUUAUGUAAAUACAAGGUGUUUGUAUUUAUGAAGUCUAAACAUAUUUAAUGCUGGUAACUUUGUCUUUUGAUACCUUUUCAGUCUAUAUGAAAUUACAGAUAUUUUUAAUGUUUUUAUUAUUGACAUACUUUCCAUAGUUGUCACACAUUUAUCUAGAAAGUGUGUGUACCCCAGAAGUGUAGAACCUUUUUCAGAAAUGCACUUGCCUUAUUUUCUAAAAUAUUAAAAAAACUUUAAAAAUAUUUCAGUUAAAUUGUAUUUGCGUUUAGAAUAAUCCCUGAAAGUAAAUCACCAGAGGAUCUUACAUAAAUUUAUUGUUAAAUAUAUUUCACUAUAUGUCUUUACAAUAUUACAAUAUAUAUUAAAAUAGAAAUAUAAAGGUGCAUCUAUUUGCACUCUCAUUCAAUGUAUUAAAACAGUACAGGAAAACAAAAGUUAUGAUGUGCACUGUUUACAUUUCUUAAAAGAUUUUUAAGGAAAAUAAUUUUUACUUUAAAACAAAUAGAACUACAUUUGUAACUGCUGAUAUGGAAAUGUAAUGUUAAAUACACACACACACAUAUCUAUGGCUUAAAACUACUGACAGUAUGGGUCAGAUUCAUAAAAGUGCUAGAAAUUAUUUACUCGAGAUAUAUUCUGUUUACCCAAAAAAAAGUGCAACACAUUUAUGUAACAUAUGCUAGAUUGUGGUUGUGCAAAAUUUGUAUCCCCUACACCUAACAUUUGUUAUAAAUGUUAACCACUUUUUUGACAGGUGCUCAAGCCAAAAUAAGAUUAGUGGCUCUAAGUGAAUAAAACGCUGUGAGAAGGAUUCUCAAGAAUACUAUUGCAUAAGCAUGAUCUGGUUUUAAGCAAUCGUGGUCCUUUGGCAACAAACUAAAUGCAUUCAUAUGGUCUUAUUUACUGACUUUGGUUAAAAAUGCAUACUUUGCCAAAUUUUUAUUUUUGUGAUACUUGCACACAGAUAUGUGUCUCUGUGUAUAUUGUAUAGUUUUAUAUGUGGUAUAUGUACUACCUCAAGAGUUAAACACCACUGAAGCCACUGAGGUUUUUCAUGGUUUCCACCCAAACCACCGUUCAUUAGAGGCCUAAACUAAACUUAUUCAGUGGUUGACAGAAGAUUUGCAAAACUUUCAGAGAAUCUGGUGGAGUUUCAUGUUUAUUUCGAAAGUUUUGAGUGACUAAGUUUCAUAAAGAAAGCUUUGCAGAGUUUAAUUCUUGCACCCUCAGCCACAGAGGACCCUGCUUUUACUGUGUAUAUUUAACACUUUCCCCAUAGAAUGUUAUACCACUAGCAAAUAUUUUAAAUCUAUAAUAAUUGCAGUGAAUCAAAAGCUGGUCUUAUACAUAAAUUGUAUCUUCCACUUGAAACAUAGACAAGUUUGAGCUGUGCUUAGAUUUUUGCCUCUUGAAAUCACUGGAAGAUCUGACUGAGAACUGUCAAACAAUGAAAUCUUAAAUAUAAAAGAAAGGAAGCAACAAUCUUUAUAUAGCUGCACUCCCAGUGUGGCAUAACAAAAUGUCCAUUUAACAUACUAUAAUUAGUACUGCAGAAGGAAACAGCCAGGUCUUGUACUACAUUUUGCCCCUACUGUCAAGUGUAAAAAAAAAUAAAAUAAAGUUGCAAACCACACACCCCAAAUGUUUUUAGUGUCUGUACUUCACAACAUACUUUGUUUCUGCACAUAAAAAGGUGAGCAUUUUGCAUAAUUGAUGUUGAAUUCUACAAGGAGAACUAGUCUUUCAGGUUGAUGUUCAGCUGCCGUUGAAGUCGUUGAAAGACUGGUCCUCAAUAUACAUUAACAUCCUUCAAGAUUAUACAUAUGCCACAGAAUGUGAACAUAUUAAGUUACAAUUUACCUUAAUUCCAUACUCAGUUAACAUGUGCAACCCAGUGCAAUUUCUCUUUUGGAGUCAAAUAUUUAGAGUAAUAUGGUUCCAGAGGCUAAUAAAAUACAGUUUACAUAAUCCAUGCACUUACGUUUUUUAAACAGCAUUUUGUUUGUAUAUUAUCUUAAAAUAUUUUUGGUGAAAUCAGAACCUAGUUUUCAUAUGUGAAUAUCCAAACACUGUAACAAAUUUAUACAUUGAAGGUGGUUUUGUUAAGUUCUCUAGUGUGUACCUGUUUGUGUUUGCUAUUACUACCAUAAAGUAUAUUUGUAUUACAUAACAGGGUUUGAAAGUUAUACUCAAUUAAUCUUCAAAGUUUUUUUUUUUUUACUCUGUGUCAAAUCUGGUUGUUUUGAAUUAGUGGGAAAAACCUUCUCUAAUCGAUGGCUUUUAAAAAGAAUACAAUUUUUUUCAGUUAUUGUAUUUUUUAUCUAUACUCAGACACAAUGAUACCAUUUUACUUAACAGGUAACAAUAAAAUGCAAUCAUUAAGUAUA